AUGUGCGAAUUCGUCACAGCCUCGACGUUAAGACAAUUUGAGCUUGUGGUUGAAGGCAGGUCACUGUUUGUAAAUGCCCACUGGAUGGCCGAACUGUCUCCAUACUUCAAUAGGAUAUGCUUCGAUACCAACUUCACUGAAGCUCGAACCGGCCGUGUAUAUAUCAAAGACGUAGACUUUGCUGACGUUGUCGCAAUGUUAGAAUACAUAUGUCCCGAUGGAAACUACUUGCGUCAGAAACGUAUUGGAGACACUAAUCUUCCUGCUUUGAUUCACUGCUCUCAUCGUUUUCAAAUCCCUUCACUGCAGCGGGAGUUAUACCAUUAUAUGGAGAAUGAGCUACCACUGGAUGAAUGUAAAUUGAAGCCAGAGACGCUCGCCGAGGCCAUUGCAGAGGCUUUGAACGCGCAUUUCAGCACAAAAUUCAUCGCACAUAUGUACAAAAAAUUUGGCGAGAAUGGAGUUGACAAGAUGCAGGAGGCGUUGAAAAAUAUGCCUGAACCAAUGGCGGAAUCAAUUUUAGCCGAAUCACGAAAGUAUAUGCCAGUGAUCUCGCAAGAGCCCAUCUCGUCCACAUAUCACUGGAACAAUUUUUCACGACGAAUGUUCUUCUAG